AGUCACUGGUUAAAAAAAAAAAAAAAACAGUAGCCAGUAGAGCUUGGAAAGGAGGAUUACUCUUGCGGAACCUCUGAGAACACAAUAGUCGCAUAAUGGGGAAGCAGUUCCAUUUGUUAAAUGUUCAUUCAACAGUUUGUUUGGGAACCAAUCUUGCUUAGGUAGGUUACUAUACAAUCCAUCAUACUGGAAUCCUAACUACCCCUUGUUUCCCUCCCUCUGGCAGAUGCUACGCAAGGAUACUCAGGGCUCCGAUCUUCUGCUGCGCUUUAUCGCCCUUUGCCACCGCAUGGGGCCCCAACUGGAGUUUUUCGGCACGCUGUUCUUCAUCACUCCACACCACGACCUCUCUCAAGCUCUCAAUUAAGGACACUGAAUAUAAACUCCAUCUAUUCCCCUGCCGCCACUGGCUCCAGCACCAAUCAUCUUCAUAUUGAUGACCAGAAUCGAGCGCCUCCUCCACACCUUAAGGUCUUAGACCUACAACAGCAUCUAUGGCAGCGGUGGCGGCACCAGUUCCCACUCCUAACAUCUCAAGUGAUGCAAUUGCCAAGCCAACGUGUCUCCCACUGUCCUUUCCACUUUGACUGCCCUUCCCCAGCAUCAGCCUCAGGCAGCUGCAAACUCUGUCCAGCAAAACAACGGAGUUUGUUGGUCCAACGAUGAUUGAAUAGACGACGUUACAUGACACCUUGUCUUUUUCAUCUAACCUUAAGAGUCAAAAGCGGAUGGGAAGACUUGAUUGAUUUUUUAACAUUUGCAGGGAGUUCCUCAGCUGUACAUCUUUCUUGUGAACAGUUCUGAUGUAGCUACAAUGUCAUAGUUCCGGAAUGUGUAUAUUCUUCUAUUUCAGCUCCUUUCCAGCAACUCCACUCCAUCUCACCCUUGUUGAUUAGGUAUCAAAUUCGUCGUAAACUCGAGUUGAAAGGAUCUCUUUUCUGUUAGAUGGGUGUAAAUGUAUCCUAUCCUUAUGUGCGUGGAUCGGAUCAAAAUGUGGGAAGUGUUAUUUUUUCUUGUAAAAAAUGUAUUACAUUGACUACUCUCUGGGAUUUUUACACUGCAAAAAGUCACUAUAUUUGCAAACUAAACAACCAAAUUAUCGCAAAAAGCUCAUAGUGCAUUCAAGGCAUGCAUAUUAUUUUACAUGAUUUGUUCAAUGUAGAAAAGUAUGAGCCUGAAAUAUAUGCGUGGGAGAGAUUAAGCUUUAAUUAAUUAAAUUGAUCAAUGCUUUAAUCAGCGGUUACCACCAGCUAAGCGGACUCCCCCCCAAUUAAUUAACACGCGGGAAGGCGCCCGUCCGGUGGCAAAGAUUGUAAUAAACAUAAAAACAGAAGGUCGAAUCGGGCAAAGACGGAAAUACUGACACUGGCAAAAAGCCGCAAAACUAUAAAAGCCCCAACCCUUUGCCUUUUAUUUCGUGCUUUAUAAUUUUUAUUAGACACAGUUGGGAUUGGGACGGAAAUUUAUUUUUCCAGAAAUUAGAUAUUUCCAUUUCUGCCCUCGUCUAUCUCCUCUACGGCCUACUGAACAGCCUGUUUUCCUCUUCCGAGAAAAACCUACCAAACUUCUUCUUCUUCGUCUAUCUGUUCUUUCUUACAGAAACCCACAAAACCAUGGAGAUGAUUUCUGGUGUUGGUGUUGGAUAUACGAGAGCAGAGUCGUGUUAAAAGCGCUGGUUGAGUGAGCUUGAAAGUGAGAGUGGGCGUUUUGUUUUCCCUUUUUUGGGUUUUACCAAUGGUGGAUCUGAAGCAGCAGGUUGGAGGGAGCAGAUGGCGGAAGGUGAAAAUGGCAUUAGGCUUUCCGAGCUGUUUCUACGCUCCUCAAACUAGAGAACGAGAAGAACAGGAAGAGGGCGAACGCCGCCGGCCACGGCAGCUGCAUUCCUCAUCAUCACGUCGGUCUGGUAACAUCUCCGGCGCUGCCGCUUCUUCAUCGCCGUCUACCGGGCUGCCUCCACGGAGCUCCACCAAUCAAACGCCGUUCACAAAUCCCACGCCGUCGUCCUCUUCCGUCCGUCUGUCUAAAUCCGGCCCUCUCUCUAAGUCUGGAAAGAGGACAUGUGCAAUAUGCCUAACCAGUAUGAAGGCAGGACAAGGCCAGGCUAUAUUCACGGCAGAAUGCUCCCAUUCUUUCCACUUCCAGUGCAUUACUUCUAACGUCAAGCACGGGAACCAAAUUUGUCCAGUAUGCCGAGCAAAAUGGACAGAAGUUCCUUUCCAGUCCCCAAACUCCGAUAAUCUCCAUGGAAGACCUAGAAUCAACAGUUUGGGUCGGCCUAGGCAGCCGAAUGAUGACGCUUGGAUGAAUAAUAUAAUAAGACGGGUGCCUCCACCUCGUGCAGAUACCAACCACCACGUUUCAACACAUCGUCCCCACACUCCUGAACCGGCUGCCUAUGAUGAUGAUGAGCCCGUACAAGUUCAUGAUAAUCUCUCAUCUAGCUUUGCUGAGAGAUGUUUGGUGGCCAAUGGUGAUGUAAGUAUUGGUGGAAGAAGAUCAAUGGAGAUAAGAACAUAUCCUGAAUUUCCAGCGGUUUCCAAACUUGCCUCUCAUAAGGAUUUUUCUGUGUUGAUUCAUCUCAAGGCUCCACCUAUGUCGGAAAUAGGGAGGAGAGAUUCUAUAUUGGAAGAAUCUCGUGCUCCGAUUGAUCUUGUUACAGUGCUCGACACAAGUGGAAGUAUGGCUGGCACAAAGCUUGCAUUGCUGAAACAAGCUAUGGGGUUUGUGAUUCAACAUCUCGGGCCCACUGACCGGCUCUCUGUAAUUGUAUUCUCUUCAUCUGCUCGUCGACUAUUCCCUCUUCGUUGCAUGACUGAGUCCGGAAAGCGGGAGGCAUUACAAGCUAUCAACUAUUUGGUAUCCAAUGGUGGGACUGAUAUUGCUGAAGGGUUAAGGAAAGGGGCCAAGGUGCUCUUGGAUCGCAAGUGGAAGAAUCCAGUUUGCAGCAUCAUUCUACUCUCAGAUGGCCAGGAUACAUAUACUUUUGCCGGCCUUGGUAGAAAAAAGGUACGCCCAGAUUACAAAUCACUCCUUCCUAGCGUACGGAUUCCGGUACACACAUUUGGGUUUGGUGUGGAUCAUGAUGCUGCUGCCAUGCAUUCGAUUGCUGAGACAUCAGGUGGAACCUUUUCCUUCAUCGAGGCUGAAGCAAUGAUCCAAGAUGCAUUUGCUCAGUGCAUCGGUGGAUUGUUAAGUGUUGUGGCCCAGGAGUUGCUAGUCAUAGUCAAUUGUGUUGACCCAAGUUUGCAAAUUGAGUCGAUAAAUGCAGGCAGCUACACAAGUAGCAAAUCAGUUGAUGCAAGAACAGGGUCAAUUGAGGUGGGAGAUCUCUAUGCCGAAGAAGAAAGGGAUAUCUUGGUGACAAUGGAUAUUCCAGCGGACAAUGGAUCUGGUAAUGAGUUGUUGUCACUGCUAGAUGUCAAGUGCAUCUAUAAGGAUCCCAUUACCAAGGAAAUUGUGAAUUUGGAAGGAUCUGAGCCAGUGAAGAUCCAUAGGCCCGAAGCAGAUGUCAGACAGCAGCAACAAGUGUCCAUCGAAGUGGACAGGCAAAAGAACCGGGUACAUGCGGCCAAAGCCAUGUCUGAAGCUCAAUCCGCAGCUGAGAAUGGCGAUUUGUCUCGAGCUGUUUCCGUGUUGGAGAGUUGUCGAAAGGAAUUAUCCGAGACUGCUUCUGUGAGGGCUGGUGACAGACCAUGUGGGGCGUUGUGUUCUGAGUUGAGGGAGAUGCAGGAAAGGAUGGCCAACCGUCAAGUGUACGAGACGUCCGGAAGGGCUUAUGUGUUGUCGGGGCUGAGCUCUCACUCAUGGCAGCGAGCAACAGCAAGGGGGGAUUCGACAGUCGGUACAAGCUUGGUGCAGUCUUACCAGACUCCUUCGAUGGUGGAUAUGGUGACACGUUCUCAAACCAUGAUCCUAGGGAACCCACCAGCAUCUUCGUCUUCGUCGUCUCAAAGAAGGCUACGGCCAACUCUUUCAUUCCCAGCUACAACAGUGGAGCCGAGGUAACAAGCGAAGCUCUUCUAGCAUGGGAUGUUGGCAGAAGUGAAACCUUCAUUAUUCUUCUGAUCUGGAUACUUAACUUUAUAUAGAUAUGACCUGAUGGCUUUUUUCAAUUUGUUCUUUGGGGUUUAUUUUUAUUACUUCGAAUUUUGUUGUUCUCUGUGGUUGGUGAAUUGGGAACUCGGGGGAUUGGUGGAAGGAGAGAAAGGGCUGGGAUGUUACUACUCUGCUAAGUAGAUUUUGCUUAUGGGGUUGAUUUUUUGCUUAUUGGUAUGAACUUGUAAAUGAAUAAUAACACUGGAAGAAAGCAGGAAAUGGGUUGGAGGUAGUUAUGGUUGGGAUGGAGAGGGGGUUUCUUAAGGUCUCGUUCAUUGAGAUGACAAAUGAUGUAUAUAAGAGGAGAACUACUGAAUGUUUUUUAAGUGCAGGGGAUAGCAUAUCAAAAUGGUCAAUAUGCUGUGUUUUAGGUAUACUCAGAUCAAUGACUUGGUUGUUUAUUAUUCCUUCCUUUGAAGGCUUUGUCGUUUGAUUGCAUGCUGCAACAUUAAUACUGCAGAUUUUCUAGUAGAUUGAGCAGCUGGUUAGAUCUAGUGCAGAACAGCAGAAGUGCCAUAAGAAAUCCUACUCUCUGUAGGAGAAAACAUAUGUAGGUAAUUUCUAUGCCAGUGUCAACUAAGCAGUUGAUCUACUAGAUUUGCAUUGUAACAGUUAUACAUGUUCUAGUUUUAGCACACCAACUAACCCAUUGCAUUGCAUGGAACGUAGUUCACAAAAGGUAAGUUACUUGCUGCGGUUGUUGAGAUUGGAAUCUCACCAGAGCAAUAAUGAUAAGCCGAUGGAUGCCGUUGUGCGUCAAUGACCUCAACGCAUAUGAUGCAGUUAUCAAAGUGAAGAUGAAGGAAACUACUAACGUGUCUGAUUCCGUCACACGCUUCUCAUCAUCAAUGAUUCUAAACGGUUUCUUUCAGGUAUCCAAUUCCCGAAGUUCCUAAGUGACACCAGACACAAAAAUCAUCAAUAUUAUGAUGCCAUCGUCUCUGUUCAUUACUGCACAUCAUCUGUUUAAAGUCAAUCAAGUACAUAAGCCUAGCCUCCUCCAAAAGAAGAAACUACUUGUGUAACA